GGUACUGCUUAAAUGUCAUUCGUCACUGUAUUAGUGUCAUUGUCAUUUAGUGUAUAAUUGAAUGAUGUCACAGUUUUUAUUCUCCAUUUAAUUUUUUCUUAAUUUACAAAAAAAAUAAUUCGUUUUACAAUUAAGUGACUCUAAUUUCUAGUCAAUUAAAUGAACUACAUUAGAAAUCAAAUUAAAUAUCAUAUAUAUAGUGUACUGUAUCAUAUCGCACUUAAAUGUUGAAAUAUAUUUUUUUAUUUUCUGGGUGAUGAGUGCCAGUGAGACUGUUUCUUUCCUGAUUAAUACAAGUAGUUCAGAAGGAGAAACGCACGGGGCCUUGUCAAUAGUUUGUAGUGAUAGUGAAGACGUACCAUUAGUUCCUGAGGUAAUAUUCGAACCUACAUUGGAUUCCCCAGGAGUAAAUAGAGAAUCACAGCCUUUGUUGGGAGGGCUUGAUGUCUCUUACAAUCAAUUCCCAGACGAUCCCUCAUUUACUGAUUUGGUGUGGCAGGCUGAAAUUGCUAUUGAUCAUGGAAUAUUUCCUGAAAGAAUAUCUCAAGGUUCUAGUGGGUCUUACUUUGUUAAAAACCAAUCUGGGAAAAUAAUAGGGGUAUUUAAACCGAAAGACGAAGAACCCUACGGCAGAUUGAAUCCAAAAUGGACGAAAUGGAUGCACAAACUAUGUUGUCCGUGCUGUUUUGGAAGAUCCUGUCUAGUACCAAAUCAGGGGUAUUUGUCAGAAGCUGCGGCUUCACUGGUAGAUAUAAAAUUGAGUCUGAAUAUCGUACCGAAAACUAGAGUAGUGAAAUUAGUUUCUGAAACUUUCAAUUAUUUAAGGAUAGAUAGGCAAAAAGCUAGAGUAAAACGUGCGAUUAUGGAACAGUUCCCAAAUGUCGGAUUAAGAUUUAAUAGGAUAGGCUUACCUCCAAAAGUGGGCUCAUUCCAAGUAUUCGUAGAUGGUUAUAAGGAUGCAGAUUAUUGGUUGAGGAGAUUCGAAGUGGAACCGUUACCCCCAGCAGUAGCUCAAAAAUUUCAGUUACAGUUCGAACGGUUGGUAAUAUUAGAUUACAUAAUCAGAAAUACCGAUCGAGGCAACGACAAUUGGUUAAUUAAAUACGACCAACCGAAAAUUGCGAACGGUAAUACUGUAAAUGCUCAAGUUGAACAAACUGAUACUUCAGACUGGAAUGUAGUGCAGCUACCAGAAAUCAGUAUAGCGGCUAUCGAUAAUGGUUUGGCAUUUCCUUACAAACAUCCUGAUAGCUGGCGGGCGUAUCCUUAUCAUUGGGCGUGGUUACCGCAGGCUAAAGUACCGUUUAGUGAGGCUACUAAAGACCUUGUGUUACCGUUGUUGUCACAUAUGAACUUUGUGCAGGAACUCUGUGAUGAUUUAUAUACGCUAUAUAAGCAAGAUAAAGGCUUUGAUAAGAAUUUAUAUGAACGUCAGAUGUCAGUUAUGAGGGGCCAAAUAUUAAAUUUAACACAGGCUUUAAAAGAUAGCAAAUCUCCUGUACAAUUGGUCCAAAUGCCGGCUGUUGUUGUUGAAAAAUCUCAAAGCCAACAUACUUCUAGGUUUUUAAAUUUUACACAACGCUUCCAAGAUAAAAGUCCUUUUUUUUCUUGGUGUUGAAAUAUUUUGUUUAAUAAAAAAAAAGUGAUUGAUUAUAAGUGAUAACUAUUUUAAACUGUCUCUACUAAUUUGGAAAUGGUAAGCUCUUAUUUUAAAGAACACCAUGUAAAAAAAAAUGUAUCUAUCUUUAGAGCAUUUUUGUUUUAAAUGUUAUAAUUGAAAUUUAUUAUUGAAAAAUAUACAUUCCCAUAUUUUAACUUUAUUAUUAUUUAACUUUUAAGUAAACUAGCAACUAAUGGAAGAAAAAUUCAACAAAAACCAAAUUACUAUAUAUGCCAAUCGAUUAUGUGGAAGUAGAUUUCCAGUUAUAUUUAUUAAUUGAUUCCACCUGAAACACAUUAAUUUCGAUUAAUUUUUCACUUGUAUGUUAUUUUGUCUUUUAACCCAUUCAGUCUUGAAAAUUUUUAUCGGUUGGGAAUGUGUGUCCUUAGGUGCAUAGGAUCAGAUAUAUACAAUGUAUUGUACAUUAUAACUAAAGAAAGAGUACUAGUGCUUAGUGGACUGUAUUUUUGUAUUUGUUGCUAUAAUAUUAUGAUUGAGUGAUUUGAGGUAAUUAUACGAGUGAAACUUAACAAAUGAAGUCACCGUACUUUAUUUACUUUGUUAAAUUUUUAUUUUUCCAACAAUCAAAUAUUAAAAAAUACUAAUUUAUUAUGAAGAUCUAGUCCCUUAAAGUAUACUUGGCUAUCAAAAUAUAUAGACCACAUGUGGGUAUAUAGAGGGUGUUAUUUGAAAAUAUUUGAAAGGGCUCCUAGACUCUUAGACCCUCAUAGUGUGGCAAUAUUUUUUUUCAUCUAUUAUAUUUUUCGACUUUGCCAGCCCCGAACUACCCUCUCCAUUAGAUCUCCUUGUACCUCCCAUGCCAUCUCUUUUUGGAACCUCCUUUUUUUCGUGCUCCUGCCAUAUUUCUAAUCGUCACUUUCUUUUUCGUUCUUGAUUCUGGUAUUCUUUUCAAGUGUCCCAGCCAAUUUUACUAAUUUACUAAUUUCUUGGUUUAUCCUUCUCUAUAUAUCUUCUUCCUUUUUCCCUCCUCAUUUUCUCGUCAGUAAUUUCUUCUCCCAUAUAUCUAAUUUGUUUUCCUCCGUUUUAUUAAGUCUCCACGUUUCGCUUGCAUAAAGUACUGUUAGUUUUUUGGGAAAUGUUUUUGGAGAUUAGUAUUUUGUUUAUUGUUCCUGACUAUUUGCUUCCUUUCUAUGUUUUCUUCCUCAUCAUCAUUGUCCAAAAUACACAUAACUGUUGCUCGAAUCCCAAUAAUUAUUGCAUGUGUAAUUCGAGUUUUGGUCAUUUUCAUAAAAUUGCCAUUUCUAUGAAAGCCCUGCACGUCUUUUCACUUCUUGAUAAGAUUACCUCAUCAUCUACAUAGUCUAGCAACUGUGUUUCUGUUUUUAGUCUUCCCCUGGUUUCAUUCCGCUUCUUUGUACUAUCCAAACAGCGUAGUAGAUAGAGGAUCUCUCUGUUUUAGCCCUAUAUUUGUGUUAAAGUUGAUAUUUUCUGUUUUAUUUUAAUUUUUGUUUUGAUGUAUGCAAACGCCAUUUUCGUGAGCUUCGUUAGUUUUAUUGGUACUUUCAUUAUUUUGUAAAGAUUUUCUCUUGUAAUUGUCUUAUGCCUUCCGGAAAUCAAUAAAAACUGCAAAUAUCGGUAAGUGUACUAUUUCUAAUAUAUUUCCUACCUUUAGAAUGUUUAUGUAUUCAUCGUCGGGGACUGAAAUUAUGGUCAAAGUACUUAAAUAUUCGAAUGCUAGAAAUUAUUUUAGAAAUAAUACACUUUGGUGUUUAUUUUUGCCACAAUCCCACUACCAAAACGCUUAUAAAAUAGUUGGCAAAGACUUCACAUAUAUGAUACAAAAUGAGAUUAAAAUUAUAUAAAAUAAAAUUUUCAACUCCAGUUGUGCUUGUAGUUUAAGAUUCAGUUCUCAAUUUAGAAAUUAAUAAAAAAGGUAAGUAUGACAAAUUCGAUAAUACAAUAUGGAGACGAUGAAUUCUGUUAGGUUUCCAAUAUUUACAACUCAAUAAAUAUUUCAUGUCUUUAAGAUCGUCAAUAUAAUUUUAACCCCUCAACUACUAUCGUUGUUAAGACUUUAACUAACACUAUGCUGGGGUAUUUUAUGACCCCACAGUAGUUUAAUACACACUUCGUAUGCUCCCCUAGGAAGAAAUUUCUUGAGAAAUGUCUUUUUUAAUUAUUCUAAGGGUUCCUACUUCAUGCAGGUCUGUGACAAGCUCUAUUGAUGUAAACUAGUUGUCACCAGUUACAUUUCAAUUGGUAUUUAGAAUGGGACUAAUAAUCAUAAAACAGAUGUUGUGGGUACACUUAUUUUAUGUGGAUUAGGAUCAUAAAUAAAUUCAUGUGUUUUAGCGUCACAUAAAGACAUUUUAAUCCCAUACUUUUCUGGCUUUGAUUUUAAGUACACCAUCUUCCUGUCCUUCCCUAGUUGUAAUGUCAUGAAAGCUAACAAAAAACGAGCUUUGGACAUAUUGGUCUCCCAGUUCCAUAUUUUGCCCAGAGUGCCAUUAAUCCAAGAAAAACUUUGAUGAUCAACUUAAGUGGCCGUAUUUCUAUACAAAACGCUCAUUUCUAUUAUUUUGGUAGAAAAAAUGUUCCAAAAUAGUUUGCAACAUUUCUUUUGUAAUUAAACGAGACCAUGCCUCAAGCAGUUUGUGGUCUGUUAAGAAGUACUGGGCUAAUAAUCACAGGUAGAUGAACCCUGAAAUAUUAUGUGACCUACCACUUCCACAAAUGGGCUGACUUUUAGACCACUUGAAUUUAUUUGUACCGUACCGAUACUACUGAGUUCCAGGCUAGAUUCUAGCUACCGAUAUCUUGAUGUUUUAUUUUUCCUUUCUUUUUCUUUAUCCGUCUCAGCUUCUUUAUUUGUUUUUAUAUCAUUUAUGAAAUCCACUUUGUCAAUAGUCAUAAGAUGACUGCCAACAUGAAUUGUAUCAUUUGUACCGGCCAUUGAAGCACUAGAAAUGUUUUUUACUGUAAAAUAAAAAAUCAAAUCUGUGAAAAAAUUUUCUUAUUGACUCCAAUUGCCUAUUACAAUUUUAGCACAUGUCACAAGUACCAAGUCAACUGAGAGUAGCUAUAGUGGUGUAGCCAAAUUACUUGGUUUUUCCAACAUUGCCAAAAAUGUGUACAGUGGGGUCUAUUUUGAUCCCACAAUUGCAGUUGAGGGUUAUUCUGAAUUUAAAUUCACUGGCACUAUAAUGUAAUUACUGUUUGACACCACGAUAAUAGUUGAGAGUUAUUUGAAAUUUAAAUUUACUAGCACUAUAAUGUAAAAUAUCACUGAAUACUUCAUUAUACAAUAAAACUUUGAAGAAGCCUCCAACAGAAAAUGUAAUGGUGUUCUUUAAAUUGAAGUGAACCAUAUCAUUUACCUUAUAUUGUAUACUCUCGUUUAAUAUAAUUUAAAAUGUAUAUUUGAACACAAAUCUCUUUAUUAAAAAUGUAUUUAUUUUAAGAAUUUAAACAAGAAUAAAGUUACUACAUGACUAGAUAUUUUGCUA